CGACCCUUUACUCCAUAUCUCGCCCUACGACAUAGCCAGUCUUCUUCGAUACCACUCUAGCCUUGAUCAGCAUAUCUAGUAUUGCUCGUAAUGCCUCCCGCAGUCAGAUCAACACGGCAGCGUGCUGUCACCAACGAGAACGAUGAGAACGCUGGUCCUACGCGUAUGACGCGUGCAAAGGCCGCUGGCCUGGGCGCGACUGAGCACGCUGGUGACGUGCCUAAGAAGACGCUAGCCACCAAGAAGUCCACAGCUACAUUGAACGGUGCUACACGAACACGAACAACGCGUGCCGCCCUCGGCGAUGUCAGCAACACCAUCAAGGUCGACGGUCUCGGUGCCGGCGCGAAGGAUGGCAAGAAGCCUGCCGCUUCCAAGGGCGCCGUUGCCAAGGCAGCGCGUCCUACGGGCGUCCAGAAGGCAUCUCAGGCCGCCAAGGCCCCGGCCGUUCUGGGACCAAAGACUACCAACAAGCGCGCCGUCGCUGCUGACGCCAAUAAGCCCGUCGGCAAGAAGCUGAAGGCACCCCCAGUGGAGCAGGACACAGAGGAAGAGGAGGAGAACGUGGUACCAAAGGAGGAGGAGAAGCCCGCCAAAGUGAAGAAAGAGACCAAGGUUGAGCCUGUCGAGGAGGAGCUUAAGACCAAGCGCGAGGAGAUCGUCGAGGUCUUCCCCGACGAAUACGUUGACCUGGACAAGGAGGACAUCGAUGACCCAUUGAUGGUCUCCGAGUACGUCGUUGAGAUUUUCGAGUACCUGAAGGAGCUCGAGAUUGCUACCAUGGCGAACCCCGACUACAUGGACAGCCAAAACGAGCUUGAGUGGAAGAUGCGUGGUAUCCUGGUCGACUGGCUGCUCGAGGUCCACACUCGCUUCCGUCUUUUGCCCGAGACCCUCUUCCUUGCGGUCAACAUCAUCGACCGCUUCCUAUCAUCGAAGAUUGUUCAGCUCGACCGUCUCCAGCUGGUCGGUGUUACCGCCAUGUUCAUUGCCUCCAAGUACGAGGAGGUCCUCUCGCCUCACGUCCAGAACUUUCGCCACGUUGCCGAUGAUGGCUUUACCGAAGAGGAGAUUCUCAGCGCAGAGCGCUUUGUCCUUACCGCUUUGAACUACGACUUGAGCUACCCCAACCCCAUGAACUUCCUCCGCAGGAUAUCCAAGGCCGACAACUACGACAUCCAGACCCGCACGCUCGGCAAGUACUUGCUGGAGAUUGGUUGCCUCGACCACCGCUUCCUCGCCCACCCUCCAAGUCAGGUCGCUGCUGCUGCCAUGUACCUUGCCCGCCUGGUACUUGAGCGCGGACCUUGGGACGCCACGCUCACACAUUACUCUGGCUACAGUGAGGAGGAGAUCCAGCCUGUCCUGCACCUGAUGAUCGACUACCUCUCCGGCCCAGUCCUCCACGAGGCAUUUUUCAAGAAGUAUGCCAGCAAGAAGUUCCUGAAGGCCUCCAUCGUCCUUCGCAAAUGGGCUAAGGAAUACGUUGUCGAAUAUGGUAAUGCCCUGCAAGAAGAGUCCUCGCAGCCCCGUAGCAAGCGCUAAGAGUUCUUUUUCUUAACAGGCAACCCUGGUCGUGUCCCCAGCAUCCACAGCUACUACCCACCGUACCGCCCUGACGGGUACAUGUGAUGGCAGGAUGCUGAAGGCCACUAUCAGCAAGCCACCUUGUUGCAUCCGACUACUUCUUCAUGUUUGCAUCUCGGCUUCCAGGGCCUACCAUCUUUCGGUCGGCGUUAAUAAAAGGUGUGCAAUUGGUUAUUCUACCAUCUGUUCUUGGCUCCAUCUUGCAG